AUGGAUACUCUAGAAGACAAGACUCCUCAAAGCUGUGCCUCACUGCCUACAAAGCUACAGCCACACAUACCAAGCUCAAGGAAAGUCUACAUUGUACUACUCUGGAUACUACUAACUCAUGGGCUCUAUAAUUAUACAAUAUUCAACUUAGGAGGUGUAUUGGAUCAAACAGAUAUCCCUAUAUACAUAAUAGGGAUUACACAGGUAAUAGUCUUGCUGCUGUUUCCAUUAGCCGGCAUUAUAGGCGAGGUGUACUGGACUCGAUACAAAGUAAUGAUAACUGGAACAGUAAUAAUGCUUGGACCACUGAUAGCUUCUCCUUUUGCUUAUGCUGGACUGAUGACCCUUGGUGAUACCCCAAAAAGGGGAACUCUGGGCGGAUUAUUGACUGGUAUUGCUCUAGUGCCUUUUCAGAUUGGGAUUGCACUCUUUGAAUCCAACGUAAUCCAAUUCGGAACUGAUCAGCUCCUUUUUGCAUCUUCUGAUCAACUCAGUAGCUUCGUUCAUUGGUCAUUCUGGUGCAUGUACAUUGUCCCUUUUAUUGUUGUCAUGGGAUCUGCCCCGUUAAAGUUAACACCACUCAUAACAGCGCCGAUGGUUCAACUCCUACUCCUCAUAUUUGCUGUUAUUUUAAUUUGCCUACCAUGCACAAGACGAACUCUUGAGCUACACCACGAUCGAGUGAAAAAGAAAAACCCAGUGAGUCUUGUGGUUGGGGUAUUCAAAUAUGCAAAAUCUCACAAAUAUCCAGAAAAUCGAAGCGCCUUCACAUACAAUGACGAAGAGAGCUACAACCACAUCAACUUUGCUAAAGAACGCUACGGAGGACCUUACUCAACAGAAGAAGUAGAGGACGUUAAGACCUUUGGUCAAAUACUUAUUCUCUUCUUGUCAUUAUUUGGAUUCCUACUAACCGACAACACAGGCAUACUCAUCCAACAAUACAGAUCCUUUGGUAGCUUAACUGAUCACACUUAUUCAGACUUUUGGCCAUUCUUGAUGUAUUUCAUGCCAAAGUUUGCUGUAAUAGUUGUCGGAGUGCCCCUUUAUAGGCUAAUCCUCUGUCCAUUCUUUAGCAGAUACUUACCAAAUAUGACCAAGAGGAUGGGCUUGGGUUUAGUGUGUUCAUUUGCAGCACUUGCCACAGAGUCAGUCCUUUCAUUUUUUGUAAAUAAAACCUUUGAAGAACUUGGCUACCUAAACGUGUGCGGAGAGAACAUAACUACUCCAGUAGGAUCAAUAGACAAUGAAACAGCUACUGAUAUCAUGCUACCAAGUGAAUCCAUAUUGAUCAUACCACAAGUCUUCAAUGGGCUCAGCUUAUUGCUAACAUUUCUCACAGCAUUGGAGUUUGUGCUUGCUCAGUCUCCACGCAGCAUGCAGGGAUUGCUCAUUGGGGUCUGGUACGCAUUGCAAUCCUUCAAUGUACUGCUAAUGACUCUGUUAUUUACACUCAAUGGAGGCUGCUCUUACAUAUCGUAUGCUGUCAGAGCAGGAUUAGCAAUAGUAUCUUUUGUUACAUAUGUAUUGACUGCACGCUGGUAUAAAGGAAGAAAGAGGCAGGAGAGCUCAAACAUACAACAAAAUAUUAUCAUUGAGGAGUACACAGCUAGAAUGUUAAGGCAUGAAGCGGAAGAAUUGAAUUCUAAGGAUCCUUAUGUAUUAGGAUACUAUGAUCUGUCAGACUUCUCAAUUCAAUCUCGUCAGUAA